AUGACACCAUCUCCAGCAACUAGCCAGGCUCUUGAGCCUCGUCACUCCAAACCUUCCCAAACAGUAUCCGUAAACAUCUCCGAGGGGACCCAGAACCGCUCCCGCCGCUUCCAGCUCGAGGUGAGCGAGUGUGUCGAGACUAAGACUGUUACGACCACUACUCGUCUCACGCGAAAGUUCCCUCAGGUCUUCGUUCGAGACCCUGUACCUCUGGAGAACCUAGACACAAAAGAGUAUCCUCUUGCUAUGAAGCCUACUCCCCCAGAACUGAUCAGGUUCUCGUAUAACAUGCCAGGUGCUAUUGAAACUGACAAUGAAGUUGAAGAUGAACCCAUAGACCACCAGUUAUCCUGCAAUUCUCGUUCUACCCCCGCUCAGCUCAAAUCUGAGUCCCCUCAAGAAUCCAACCUCGUUCGGAUACCCAAGCAUCGAUCACAAUCUCCUUCAGAAGGAUAUCCUCGCCGUUCCCGCGCUUCUAGAGCUACCACUAUAGAUUCCCCCGAAUCUUCAGCACCUACUUCGAACCCUCGACGACCUGGUCGCUCCAUUCCCCUGAACGCCGUAUCGGAUAAACUUCGUCGCUCCAUUGCCCAUAAUUCGAAUCGACAAGGAGAAAGGUCAUCCAGACCUUCCGGGGGCUUCCUUGCUACUCCCGAUACUUCGGAAGUCGUUGGUUCGGUUGAAAGAUUAGCUCGCCGACGCUCUUCACACCAUGAACGAAACCAAUCACCCGAAGCAUCUUCCUCGGCUGUCAGCCCCCAAUACGAAGCCACCAGCCCUGUGGAGAGUGAUUCACAUACUGUCUUUAGCAGCAAUGUUGCUACUCCACCUAUUACUGAUGCUGACGCAGAACCAUUCGCUGAUGCUGAUGGAUCUUUACAACAACCUAUCCGUCCCUUUAAUCCCCGUCCCAGUAUCGAUGUCGUUGCCGCCCAAGAUGCUAGUCUUCCUAGUCCCAGACUGUCGCCUACCUUGGCAGCCGCUCAGCUACAUACUGCCGAUGACGAGGAUGAGGCACGACCUAGCUUCCAGUCCUCGAACCUUGAUCCCUCAAGGUGGCUUGAUGAAUCACAGCCUGUGGAUGAUGAUUCCUUGACUGCUCUCGUUCGUACCGGCCAUUCCCAGGACGAUUACGCCCUUGCUCGCACUGAUGGUGCUCCUCAAGGUGUUGAUUCACUUCAAGUCGUCGACACACAGACACUUCUUGAGGCAUUCGACUCCAUGAAAACCGAAAUGAAGACAUUCAUGAUGUACCAGUUCCUUCGCCGGUGUCCUCGUCCUACCCUCCGCGUUGUGGCCAACGCUGUGAACCCAGCACUCAAAUGUGAUUUCCUACGACAGUUACCCCUGGAACUUGGAUAUUCUGUUUUGUCUCAUCUCGAUCACCGAGACCUCUGUCGGGCUGCACAAGUCUCAAAGCACUGGCGAAACAUUGUUGAUCGUAAUGAAACAGGGUGGAAGGAACUGUUUGACCGAGAUGGCUACACUCUCCCACCUGGAGAACUCCAGAAGGCCAUUAUACAAGGUUGGGGCUGGCAAGAUCCUGUUGGCGCAAGUGGAUACGAAAAGGAUUUGAGCAUGCGAACCCGGUUGACUUCAACUGAGCACGAGCUUACCCGGACUCUUCGACAAGAGACAGCCUCCAAAUCUCGGGCUUCCAAGCGCAAGCGAGCGAUCAACACUUAUUCGGCCGAGCGAUCUAAGCGACGUGCCAGUGCACAAGAAGCCGUGGCCCGUGAAGAGAACAAGUCGCAGCCCGAGGCCCGUCAACACAAGUCGGAAGGACCACUGUCUGCCGCAAAUGCUGCCGCUACAGCUGUUCCUGAUCCCCAACUUGGACUGCCUAGCCUUCGCGAGCUACAUCUAUACAAGUCGCUUUACCGCCGUCAUCACAUGAUCCGUAAGAGUUGGACCAGCGGCGAGGUUAAACCUGGCCACGUCGCGUUUGCAGCUCAUCCUCGUCACGUUAUUACGUGUCUCCAGUUUGACGAAGACAAGAUCAUUACAGGUAGCGACGAUACGCUCAUCCACAUCUACGAUACCAAGACGGGCAAGCUCCGCAAGAAGCUUGAAGGUCAUGAAGGUGGUGUCUGGGCACUACAGUAUGAAGGCAACAUGCUGGUGUCUGGCUCUACUGACAGAUCUGUUCGCGUCUGGGAUAUCGAACGUGGCCUUUGCCAGCAGGUGUUCUACGGACAUACUAGUACUGUCCGUUGCCUGCAAAUCCUGAUGCCCACCGAGACAGGGAGAGAUUCUAGUGGACAGGCCAUCAUGCAGCCCGAGAAGCCUCUUAUCAUCACCGGCUCCAGGGACAGUCAGCUCAGGGUCUGGCGACUUCCUGAGGUUGGAUCCCGCCGAUAUAUCCAGACUGGCCCCCCAGCUCAUGAGUCCGACUGCCCUUACUUCAUUCGAGUGUUGGCCGGACACACGCACUCUGUCCGCGCCAUUUCCGCUCAUGGUGACACCCUCGUCAGUGGAUCUUAUGACAGCACUGUCCGGGUUUGGCGUAUCAGCACCGGUGAGGCUCUUCAUGUGCUCCACGGCCACUCUCAGAAAGUCUACUCAGUCGUCCUCGAUCAUGAACGCAAUCGUUGUAUCUCGGGCUCAAUGGAUUCGCUGGUCAAGAUCUGGGAUCUUGCAACUGGCGCAUGUCUGUACACUCUCGAGGGACAUAGUUUGCUUGUCGGUUUGUUAGACCUUCGCGAUGAGCGACUGGUGUCGGCGGCGGCCGACUCGACUCUUCGUAUCUGGGAUCCAGAAAAUGGCAAAUGCCGCAAUACUCUCAUGGCACAUACUGGGGCUAUUACCUGUUUCCAGCACGAUGGACGGAAAGUUAUUAGUGGCAGUGAGAAGACGGUCAAGAUGUGGGAUGUCCGAACUGGCGAAUGCGUUCAGGACUUGUUGAGCGAUCUCAGCGGUGUUUGGCAGGUCAAAUUUGACGAUCGCCGAUGCGUGGCUGCCGUCCAGCGCGAUUCACUCACCUACGUCGAGAUUCUCGACUUUGGAGCUGUCCGAGACGGCAAGCCACCAGAGGAACUUGGCAAGCGUAUCCUUCUCAACGAGCCCGAGGUUCGAGCAAUGAUUGAGGAAGAAGCUUAA